UUCAAGCGCUUCCGGUAGGUCCUUCUCUCUCCGGAGGGUUCAGUGACGGAGAUUCAGCAGAUCACCGGGAGAAAGAAAUAAUAAUAAUAAGAAUAGUAAGAAUAAGAAGAAGUAUGAUUAGGAUGAAGGUUGAAAAUGAUGUCUUCCCGAUCUGAGCGGAGAGUGCGGUGCCGUGAGGAGAGGAGCGCUUAACGGUGGCGCGCAGUGUGUGCGCGCCCCCGCCCCUGAUUAAGGCUUUAUUCCAGCAGCAGCAGUGUUGAUGACUACUCUCCUCCUCUGGACCUGCACUGUGUGUGUGGAAUGUGUGUGUUGUAUGUGUGUGUAGUGUAUGUAGUGUGUGUGUGUGGAUAAUCUGGCAGUGAGGAUGAGUGAGGAGGCGAGCAAUGUACCGAGAGAGCUGCUCGAGAGUGUUCGGGAUGCAGUGGGGAGAAAAAUCAAGCUGGUUCUUAAGAAGAAAGUCAAACUGGAGGUCAAAGGUGAUAAAGUGGAGAACAGAGUGCUGGCUCUGGGAUCGUUCCGUGGAUAUCUUCUCACCGCUCGCAUUCCCGCCAAGGUAGAACAGACAUUCAGUUAUUUGGAGAUUCAGGGCAUCAUAUGUACCAAACCCACACAGUGUGUGUUGGAGCAUGAGAAAGGUCAGAUCUCUCUUAGACUGGUGUCCAUGGAAGAGGUGAAUGAGGUUGUGGGUCAGAUUGGCUUAUGCGUGCAGAGGAUCUGUCCUGCUCUGUCUCCUGUUAAGGUGAUGAAGAAAUUGUCCAUGGAGCCUCCAGAGAGAGUCGCGACUUUACAGAGCAUCUGGGAGACUCAGAGUGCAGGAGAUCCUGGACCCUGCGGUGGAUUCUCUCAGCAGUACAGAUGUGUGUGUGACUGGCUUGGCUUACCUUACAGAGAAGAAGUUCAGUGGGAUGUGGACACAAUUUAUCUGACGCAAGACACACGCGAGCUGAACCUUCAGGAUUUCAGUCACCUAGAGAACAGGGAUUUGGUAGCAAUAAUCGCCGUUCUAGAGUUCAACCAGUGGUUCACCAAACUCGCCACAAAGGACUACAAACUGUCAGCAGACGUGUGCGAUCAGAUUUUAAGAGUUGUUGCACGUUCCAGUCGUUUGGAGGAGCUUGUCCUGGAUAAUGCAGGACUCAAAGUUGAUUUUGCACAGAAGCUGGCAAACGCUCUCUCUUGUAACUCCAACUCAGGACUGCAUUAUCUAAACCUCGCCAACAAUCCUCUGGAGGACAGAGGAGUUGCUUUUUUAGGUGCUCAGUUUGCUAAACUCCGUAAAGGCCUCAAACACCUCAAUCUCUCCAGAACCUCCUUAUCACCCAAAGGGGUGAACAGCCUCGCCCAGUCGCUGAGCUCUAACCAGUCCAUGCCCAGCACGCUCAGCUACCUGGACCUCUCAGGGAACCUCCUGCGUGGAGAUGAUCUCUCUCAUUUUUAUCAGUUCCUGGGUCAGCCGAACAGCCUAAGCACGCUGGACUUGUCGAACACAGACUGCUCGCUCGAGUCGCUUUGCUCUGCUCUUCUGAAAGGUUCUCUUCAGCAUCUCUCCGUUCUUAAUGUCUCAAAGAGCAUCUUCGUUCACAGGAAAGGUAAAGAUAUUCCUCCUGCAUUCAAGCAGUUCUUCAGCAGCGUUGCCUGCCUCAACACCAUCAAUGUCUCCGGGACCAAACUGCCUCCUGAGGCUUUAAAAGCACUCCUGCUCGGCCUGGCCUGUAACCCCAACCUUAAAGAGGUGUCUCUGGAUCUCAGCUGCUGUGAGCUUCGCUCUGGAGGCUCACAGAUCCUGGAAGGCUGUAUCGCUGAGAUUCCCAACAUUUCCAGUUUGGAUAUUUCUGAUAACGGUCUGGACUCAGACAUGAGCACGCUGCUGGUCUGGCUUGCCAAGAACCGAUCUAUCAGACACCUCUCCCUCGGCAAGAACUUCAACAACAUCAAAUCAAAAAAUCUGGCUCCGGUCCUCGACGGUCUCGUCCACAUGAUCCAGGAGGAAGAAUCACCCUUGGCAUCUCUGUCUUUGGCUGACUCGAAGCUAAAGGGGGAGUUGAGUCUAGUGCUGAAUGCUCUGGGCAGUAACAGCUCUCUGACACGAGUAGAUAUCAGUGGGAACGGGAUGGGGGACCUUGGGGCUAAAAUGCUGGCUAAAGCCCUGCAGAUUAACAGCAAGCUCAGGACUGUCAUCUGGGACAGAAACAACGUCAGCCCACAGGGACUUCAGGAUGUCGCUGCAGCUCUGGAGAAGAAUUUUACCAUCCGCUUUAUGCCCAUCCCCAUUAUCGAUGCAUCGCAGGCACUGAAGGCCAGUCCAGAGAAAACCGAGGAUGCAUUAAUGAGGAUGGAGAACUACCUGUUUAGGAAUCAUGAAACUAGGAAAUAUGUUCAGGAGCAAGCAUAUCGUCUCCAACAGGGCAUCGUCACCACCACCACACAGCAGAUGAUUGACCGGAUUUGCUUAAAGGUUCAGGACCAUCUUAACUCCCUGAAGACCUCUGAACAGGACGCCAUAUUGGAAGAUGUCAAGAUGGCAGAGAACCUGAUAAAGGAUGCGAGGAACUCAAAAACACUCCUCCCUAACCUGUACCACCUAGGCGGCACAUCACGAAAAGAGUUAAAUGGUUCCUCAAUCGGUCCCAUCCAGGAGAAACUGGAGUCCAUGGCUGGAGAAGUGGCUCAGGUCAUGGAUGAGCAGCUCCAGAGCCUUUUAGAGUCAAUGGUGGACAGGGCAGAGAGUCUCUGUCCUCACGUAAUGCGGAAACCCAACCUGCGCCAUGAGCUAAUCCAGGCAGGGACAGGAAAGAUGACCGUUCCACGAAGCUUCGUCAAGAACACACUGCUCGAGCAGUCUGGCAUUGACAUCAUUAACAAGAUCAGUGAAGUGAAGUUGAGUCUGGCUUCAUUUCUCUCCGACCGAAUUGUGGAUGAAAUUUUGGAAGCUCUCUCUUGUUCUCAGAGUACACUGGCGGAGCACCUAGUGAGAAAAGGGCGCCCGCUUGUACAACAGGAGUCCCUGGACAUGGAUGUCUCCGAGGUCAGAGCCUCCAAACGGAACACCAUGGAGCUGCUGGAAGCUGAGAGGCUGGAUUAUCUUGAGACAUGCAUGAUGACUCCAAAGUCAAAAAGGAAGAGCAUUCAUAGCCGGAUGCUGAGGCCUGUCUCCAGAGCAUUUGAGAUGGAGUUUGACCUGGACAAGGCUCUUGAGAAUGUUCCAAUCCAUGUCGAGGACCCUUUACCUACUGCCAAACUGGACAAAAAGCCGCCAGCAGUUGCAGGAGAGCUUCCAUCCGAGGAAGCCAAGAAACUCCACCAUUACACCAAAUUACGACCCAAGAGGAACAAAAAGACCCAUUCGAGCAAGGUUCCUCAGGUCUGCAGAAUGCCAUCUCAGGAUGGAGAACAGAAUGGCCUAAUGGGAAGGGUGGAUGAGGGUGUGGAUGAGUUCUUCUCUAAGAAAGUGACCAAGAUGGACAAGAAGCUGUCUUUGAAAGCCUCAGACUCCCUAGAUGCUGAAAGGAAACGUGAUAUGCGCAAAGGGGGCUUUCUAAACCUCAUCAAAUCCCGUUCAGGCAAGGACAAGGAGAAGGACAAAGACAAGGAGAAGGACAAAGAGAAAGACAGGGAAAAGGACAAGGAGAAAGACAAGGAGAAGAUUUCCACUUCAGUGCCACCACUAUCUCCAGUUCCCCAAGCUGCAGAUGAACCCUUGUCUCCUAAAGCCAAGUCCCAGUCAUUACGUUCAGAGCGCAGCAGCAGUUCAGAGCGUUCUGAGGAACUGAAGACGCCAGAAUAUGGAGUCCAGGUGAUGGGCUCUGGCCUGCUUGCUGAGAUGAAGGCCAAGCAGGAGAAGAGAGCCAAGAUCUCUGACUCCUCAUCAAGUCCAGAGAAGCCAGACGGACCUACAUCAGGUCAGAGUAAGGUGGAAGUCAGCAGUACUGUGACUCUCCCUGACAGGAUUCCUCGGAUUGGUGGAGAUGCUAAACCCGAGCCAGCACAGAGAAGCCGAGGGUCAGGCCCAACGCCAACAAGUCCCAAACCUCCAAUUCAGAGUGCUAAACCUAGCCUAGGCCCUCGACCGGCACUUCCACAAAAACCCCGCAGCAGCAGCACACGCAACAUGGACGAAAGCUCAGAGUCUUCUGGAGGAGGACAGAAAGUUCCACCUGCACUUCGGAAAGUGCCCUGGGACAAGGACGGAUCCUUAAAUCCUCCACAGAGCACUCCAGGCUCCAAGAACUCCACUCAGGAAGUGGAUAUGAGUGGUGGAGAUGCUAGCGUAUAUAAACUGGAGCCUGAGCUGGAGAAAACAGCAGCACACACCGCAGAGGAGGCAGAGACCGAGCGAGAGCGCAGGACGUCCCUUUCCAGACCUGUAAGAAGAACCUCAAGCUCAAACCAGCAGAGCUCAGAUGAAAGCGGGUCAAAAGUCAAGGACAAAUCUGCCGAGAAGGACAAGGACUCGAGCCAGAGCAGCAAAUCGGCAGAUUCUGGAGAGGAAGCAGAUAAAGAUUUUAUUUUUAUAUAACAUCAGAGAGAGAGAGACCACAACACUUUGGGUUUUCGCCUGUUUUAGGAAUCAAGACUGUUAACAGUACUUAUGCAUUCUUCUUGGAUACACAAGUGUGUGUUUGUGUGUGUUUUCAUAAUACACACUUCUUCAAUUCUUCCAUAACCUCUGAUCUGGUGUCUUCACCCCGGACAGGAAAGAUUUUGCCGUAUGACGUGUCUUGUGUUAAUAUCCUCCUCACUAUUUUGCUAAUUAGGGCUGAAACACUGUUAAAGCUUUGAACGAUCUCUCAUUUCUGCACCGACACUAGGGGGCAAUUUUCUCCUGCCCUUGUGCCUUAGAGCUCCACUAUACUGUGAUCAGACCAAGCAGGACACUGACGGCUUCUCUCAUACUAUGUGCAUGUUUAAUUAUCCUUUCAACAAAACAAACAUAAUAAGUACAAAAGAUUUCUCAGUUUUGUGUGUGUGUGUGUGUGUGUGUGUGUGUGUGUGUGUGUGUGUGUGUGUGUGUGUGUGUGUGUGUGUGUGUGUGUGUGUGUAUGUGUUUGUCAGGACUUUUUAGUCUGUGGUUUAUGAUGAAUAGAUCAGACUCCACAUACUGUAAGAGAUCAGAUUUAACAUUUCGGUGUCCUGCUUUUUAAAGUCAUAAUGCAUGUUUGUCGUGUAUCUGCCUGCUGUUUCUCAGACGACAUUUUUAAGAAAUACAGGAAAACUGAUCCAAGAUUACACAUGGUAGAUCUGACUUUGGCUGUGACUUGAGUUCACAUCUAAGAUCAAAUACUUCCUGAAUUAUUCAUCUUAAAUUAGAAUUAGACUUCUCCCUUUUUUGACCCAAAAUCAGAUUUGGGAUCGUAUCCAUCUCUAUAAUUCCACUUAUAUGGUGUUUAAUCCUUUGUUUUUCUCUGGUCAAUUGUGGUCUGGCAUUAGGCACAUUCAGUUCAAGGUGAUCUGGGAUCAGACUACUCCAGUUUAUGGUAUUCCAGGAAUAUUUUUCCUUAAUUUUGUUGAUUAAGUUCAGACCAGUUUUAUGAUAAAUAAUUCAUCUAGGCUCAGACUUGGAUUUAUUUAUAAUGAUUUUCUUUCAUUUAAAAAAGAUGAUCAUUGAUCAGAUUGGACAUAUUUUUAAGAUUUAAGAUUCUAUAUUCUGUUUAUCCUGUAUUUAUUCUUCUGUGCAUUAAGAAUCUGAUAUAGGGAUGAGUGAUUUCUCUAUUUGCAAUGAGUUAAGAUCAGACUAAGAAUUAAUUUUGAUCAAAAAAAAAAAACUGAGUUAUAGUAAUGAGUGAACAAACUCUCCUGGCUGUUAAUAAUCCUGUAAAACCAGGCUUUACUUUUUAUUAUAAUCCUAGAUCCAGUCUUCUUUUUCUUUUUCUGCCACAUAUCACAUCUUUCUCUUCCAAACUUUCGUGUGUGUGUGUGUGUGUGUGUGUGUGUGUGUAUUUACACAUACACUGUCAGGUCUCAAGGUCUUACUCUACAACUAAGAACACAGUUACAGUAAUUUAAUUUUGUAUUAAAUUGAAAUAACAAGAAAAUUCUUAAACACGAACAAAUGUAGCUCCUAUGAUGAGUUCCAAUGUGAGCUGUGAACAUGCAGAAAAUGUUAUUUAAAUACAUUCAAAUGUAAUUAGAAAAAAUUGAAAGUAGAUUUUUGUCAUACACACCAUUUCAUAAACAUCAAGCAAGAAAUCUGAACAUAAAGCAUCUGAAAAAUGACAAAAAGAAAAUCACUUUGUGAAAAAUAAAAUAGUCGAGAUUUCGAAAGUUUUGCACUCUGUGUUUCAAGAAGGAACGACUGAUAACUGACCACGCAUAAAUGUUGAUGUUUCAUCUGCACUUCAGUACAUUUCCAGACUCGUGUUAAUAAAAUAUUUUUUUAAUAAGGACACUUUUCAAGUUCUUUAUUUUUCAAAAUUUUUUUUUUUCUUUUUCAGAAAUUGUGGUUUUGAUUGUUCCUGGUGUAUUUAAAGGUUUAAUUUAAUGCCCACGAUUAAAGGUAUUAAAGCACAUUCAACUCAAAAAGAGUUGGUGCUUUCAUCAUUUGUUUUUUUUUUUGUUUUUUUAACAGCAGGCUUUCCUUGUCCUGUAAGAUGUACAUGUUGUUGAUAUGAAUGAUUUUUUUUUUUUCCUGAAUGGUUUAAGAUGAACUGAUUGUUGUAUGUAUGCUGAUCAGUGUUAAUAUAUAAUGUAUCAUGUGAUCUUUUAAAAUCAGCUCUUUUUUUCAUGACAGUAUUUUGAUCUCGUUUGAACUAAUGUUUCACUCGUGCUCUCUGUAGUUUGUGGACGUUUGAUUUUGCGGACACGUUUCUAUCGAUCGGAUUAAAACUGAUUUUACACA